AUGUCCUCCCCGAUCCAGAUCGACUCUCACGACGAAAAUCUUUUAGGUCAGAAUCCAGUCAGCUCGUCUUCUGCGUUUACUUCUCGUGGAUUAUCCUUGAUGGAGGCUCAAACCCUUGCUCUUGUUCACAAGGCCCGUCUCUCAAGGAAAGACGAUGCAGAGUCCAGCUUGGUCGUGGGCCCAUGGUCUAAUCGACACCCCGUUGAGACCGGGACCCCCAAGGCCACUGGGUCUUCCAAAGUCGGAGGGUCCAUUCCCCCGGGGCUCGGCGUAGCCGUGCGCGACCUAAUCGCGGCUCUGCUUGGACCGUUGACAAAAUGA